GACUAUUGUGUUAGCAGGGCGGUCGUGAGAGAGGAGGGGGAGAGCUGAGGAGAUGAGAGGGACACAUCUGUUCAGAGAGACAGAGAAGGAAGGAGCGAAGGACAGAGUGGGCGAAUUAAAGCGAAAAGACACAGAGUUUUAAGGACAGAGGGAAGGGCCCCUGAUCCACUGAAGAUGGAAACCAUAACAUUUCCUCCUGGCUGAGGACCUUAAAUGUUUUACAACUUCUCAGUAUGAAGGUGCUACAGUGGACAGUGCUUACACUCAGCCUGUGUGGAUGCAAGUGGGCGCUCUCUGUCCCACUGGCUCCGCCCCUUGCCUCAGUAACACCUGAAACUCCUCCCACUGUCACGCCCACAGUGGAUGAGAGCGCAAGGCUAGUGGAUUGGCUUAUGAAGUAUGGCUACCUGCCUCCUCCUGACCCCUCCACGGGUCAGCUUCAGGCCUGGACCGCAGUCACACACGCUCUGAAGGCUAUGCAGAGAUUUGCUGGAUUACACGACACUGGAACAUUGGACGAGGAGACGCUGAGACUGAUGCAGACGCCACGCUGUUCACUUCCUGAUGAUGAAGGCAGUCAGAUCCCUGAGUCAGACUCAGAUACUGAGCUUCAAGGCCAGAGGGUGAAGAGAGCCAUAUCGAGCUGGGAUCAGAGAAACAUCAACUGGAGAUUGCACACAUACCCCACCUCCUCGGCUCUGUCCCAUGACACGUUUCGUUCUCUGGUCUUCUACGCUCUGAAAGUGUGGGCAGAACCAACAGCUCUUGAAUUUCACGAGGUUGGAGGACCAGAAGGGGCGGAUCUCCUGAUUGAUUUCUUGCAUGGUUCACAUGGUGAUGGAUACCCUUUUGAUGGGGCGGGUGGGGCUGUUGGCCACGCCUUCUUUCCUUCUGACCCAGAAAGAGCAGGUGAAGUUCAUCUGGAUGCAGAGGAGGAGUGGGCAUUCAGACAGCCAGCUUCUGAAGGCACAGAUGCUUUUACGGUGCUGGUGCACGAGCUCGGCCAUGCUCUCGGACUCUCCCACUCUUCAGCACGGGGGUCCGUUAUGAGGCCGUACUACCAAGGGCCCCUGGGAGACCCGCUCCACUUCAGCCUGGGAUCUCCAGACCGAGAGCACAUCACUGCUCUCUACGGAAAGAGGGGUGACCAUCUACAGACAGACAGUCCUCUAGAGGCAGAAGCUGAACUGAAACAUCCACGCAGAGGCACACACAGACUCACACACAUGCACCGACACACACACAGUCAACUGGACAGUCCUUCUCUGGAUCGCUGCAACACCAGUUUCGAUGCGGUUGCUAAAAUCCGAGGGGAGACGUUUUUCUUCAAAGGUCUGAAUAUGUGGAGGGUAAACAGAGGAAAUCUGGUCUCUCGGAGAGCCGUGUCCGUGCGCAAACUCUGGGCUGCUCUGCCCACAUCUCUGCCCCCUCUGAGGGCCGUACUGGAGAGGCAUGAGGAUCACGCCAUCAUCUUCAUCAGCGGUUCUCAGUUCUGGCUGUUUAAGGACCUGUCUCUGCAGGAUGGUUUCCCCCAGCCGCUGUCUGCUCUGAAUCCCGCAGGCUUGGAUGGAGAGAAACACGGUGUGCACUGGGACCCUGAUAAAGGUGUGGUGUGGAGGUCGGGAGGAGAGCGAGGAGAGAGCGGUCAGGUGUGGACGGAGCUCAUUGAAGGAGGAGUGAACGGAAUUAUUACAGAGAACAAUGGUUCUCUCUUCCUCUUCAAAGGCUCUCACUAUUGGAAAUUUGCCCACCCAGGCUCCGCCCCUGGGGAGGGAUUUCCCCGACCUGUGGCCUCAGAUUGGUUGAACUGCCCCGACCCCUCCUCUCAGCACCCUGGUGAUAUCUCUCUGACAUCCAUUGUUAGUCAACAGGAGCUUCAAGACAGAAAAGAGGAAGGAGCAUUGGAGCAGAUCAGGCACUGGGACAAAACCACAACUAGACACACUGAGAAUCCUCAGGACUGUCCCUGCUCCAACAGUCCAUCACGAGCUAACACAAGUCUGCAUUUCCUGAUGAUUAGCCUGCUCUUACACACUCUGACUUAUCAGCCAUCUGUGUCACUUUUUAUGACACACUCACAUCCUGUUCAUCUUUAGAUAUUUUUACCUGUUAUUUUUUUCUACAGAGCCCACUAUAGCCCACUAUUCCAAAUGUUUUGUAUUCUGUGAUGCUUUUCUGCUCACCACGGUUGUAAAGAGUGGUUAUUUGAGUUACCGUAGCCUUUCUGUCAGCGCAAACCAAUCUGGACAUUCUCCUCUGAUCUCCUCUGAUCUCCAUCUGGCAAUAUCAAACAUGCCACGGUCAAAGUCCCUGAGAUCACAAUUUUCCCCUCAUUCUGCUGUUUACUGUAAACACUAACUGAAGCUCUUGAUAUGUGUCACUAUACUGAUAUUACUGUAUAUCAUUAUGUUCCCCGGUGCACAAACAAGAGGAAAAAAAAGAAUGAUUGCUUUAUGGCAUUAAUAUUUAUUGUGAAUUCUGUGACACUUGACAUUUGACAUGUUAUCUGUACUAAACUUCCAUCACUGGCAUAACUAUUAAUGAUUAAUGAAUUAAUGACACUGUGACACAGAAAUCAUCACUAGAACAUUUCUUUAACCCAAGCUGUUACAGCAUGGCUCUUCACCCGUCAGUAUCAACACUACAGUUUUAUUUUUAAUAUCAUGGUCUAUCUAUCUGACUUCAUAAAGCCUGUAUUUCUGAAAUGAUGCUAACUAUCCAGUACAUAAAAAUACCACUACAUGGUUACAUAGGGAUUCAUCCAACCUGUAAUAAUAAUAAUAUUUCCAAUAAAACAAGACUGAGAUUA